GUUGUAGGACAUUUGGAUGCUGCUGAAGCCUUCUUGUCCCAUUCGUUCCAUUGCUUCUCAGUUUGUUUAAGCUAAAUAUGAACAUUCUAUACGAAUAGUCUAUUGGUUACAAUGUGAUAAUGUAUGUGGUGUGUAAAUUAUACUUUGUUGCGUGUACAGAGAAAUGCGCGGUGUUUUCGUCGAAAAGCAUGAUAUUUUGCUGGUUUCCUCUACGUAACUGAAAGCGCUCGAACAAGCGUAGGAUAACGAAACGUAGCCUACUUAUUUUUUAUACUUCAUAACCAACAUCAGUGGUUUUACAUGCAUCUACAUUGUAUAAUUUGAAACUUGUAAUGGACAAGACAUUUUGAAUUACUUGAACGUGGGCGAAUGUUGCAACGAGCUAAUUAGCUUGUUAGCUAUCUCGUGACGGACCGCCCUCCUCUGAGAUGUGUGUUGGCCAUGAAGCUUUUAGCUCAGUGUAGCCUACUGUAGUCUGUCACUACAUGUACCGGAUUUGCUCGUUUGAAUGAAAACCACUUUGAAUGAUACUUUUCAGUGCCCCGCGGGAAUCCUGACAUUCGCUUAACCACCAUUUUGCUGUCCGCUCUAUUCUGGGCAUUUCAGAACACACACCAUUAAGAUAGUUGACAUGCCCCAUGACAUAGUUGGUUAGUAGGAUAACUUUCUCAAAUAAUUUCCAUUUGUUUGGCGAAAAUAAUAAGUGACUAUUAGGGAUUUAAUUUCACCCAAUGCUGUUGUUUGCUAUUUAUGCCUAAUUUUUGGCAUGUGGUAAAUUUAAGCAAAAGUAGUACUAUUACCACUAUUAGUCAAAUUAAAUGUGCAUGUCUGGGCGAAAGUUGUAAAAGCAGGCAAUGAAAUAGACGGAUAAAGUAGGCUAUUCGAACUUGUGUGGAGUGAAGAAUAGGAAUAUGUAGGAUUUGUUAUUCACCAGUUUGUAGCAGCUAAAGGGGUGUCAUUUCAUUCAUCACUUAAGCUAUUCCGCACUUGGGGAUAAUGUAUGGAGUGAAAAAAUAAAGGCCACAUCACACAAGUUAAUACCAUGAAUUGAUUUCCUCACAUCCUUAGCUGUACCUUUUUGAUCUGAGUACUAUCCCCUGGAAUUCAAAAAUUCUGACCUUGCACAACCUUUCAGAGUGCAUGCUAAAUUGUUUAAUAAAUAGAUCUGUGAAGUAACCAAGCAGGAUACAUGUGAAUCACGGACCACUAUUAAAGAACAGUAGCCUAGCAGAAGUCUAUAUUUUUUUAAUGUGAAAAUAAAUUCACCUCUGUGUGGAUAUUUCACUAGAAUCAACCAGCUGUUCAGUGUAGUUUACACAUGUACCAUACUGAUGUGCUCAGUCUUACAAAGUUGAAAUGGGCUCAGGUAAACUGCAUCAGUGUGUCACCUCUGUAGAGACCCACCCUUCAGGCUUCACUGUCCUCCCAGAUCUCUCUUGUGAAUUAACAGGUUACAUAGGGCAAUUCCUUUGAACGUUCUGUCUAUGCACCACAAGCACUAAUCAUUUAUUACCUUGUCAUAAGAAUUUGUUAUGGCAUGUUCUGUAUUUGAAUCUCCAUUUAAACAGGGAAACCUACAGGAUUAUACAAAGAUUGAUGAACUCCCAGAAGGAGCUGUCAAGCCACCUGCAAAUAAAUAUCCCAUCUUCUUCUUCGGAACCCAUGAAACUGCAUUCCUUGGCCCGAAAGACCUUCUGCCAUACAAGGAGUACAAGGACAAAUUUGGAAAGUCAAACAAGAGGAAAGGAUUCAAUGAGGGUCUUUGGGAGAUUGAGAAUAACCCUGGUGUCAAGUUCACCGGCUAUCAGGCCAUCCAGCAGCAGAGCUCCUCAGAAACGGAGGGAGAAGGGGGGAAUGCUGCCGACGCCAGCAGCGAGGGAGAGGAGGGGGACUCCAUAGAGGAGGACGGCAAAGGAGACAAAGUCGGCUCCAAGCGGAAAAAGACAGCCUCCUCCAAGAAGUCGUCCAAGCUGUCAAGGAAGUCCUCUGGGGAGGAGGACCUGGACAAGGACGGCAAAGAGGAGGACCACAAGAGCGGGUCUGAGGCAGGAGACCCAGACAACGUCAUCCAGAACACCUCAGACGGCAAGACGUGCAGUCAAGGGAACCAGUUGCUCAGAGAAGAACAUUAAAAGUCAAGGCGGUCCCAUCAGGGAGGUCACUCAUCGUGCUUGUUUUGUGAUUAUGGAGUUGUGAAAUUCUCAUUGAUCUUCAACACCAGGAACCCCCACAAAGCUAGUAUGGAAAUCACAUUUUAAGUGAUUGGUGCAUUUAUACCAUCUUCUCGACCACAGUGCAACUAUACUAUAUCAUGGGGUGUAAAUUCAGUCCAGUAGGGUAUGCAUAAAAAAUUAGUCAGCCUGUACACAAACUCAACCUUGAUACACUUCAAAAAUAACCCUUUUUUAAAAAAAAAUCUAUAGCGAAAGGUAACAGUAGUCAUACAUUGAUAUUAGCACUGUUUCAUAUCUUAAGCUCUCCAGUUCAAUGCACCAGUUUUAGCAUAAUACCAGAUUACUUUCCAUGAUUAAGUUUGCAAAGACUUCUUGAUAGCUGCUCUCUCUCGCUCCUCACAAAACAACAGACCAUUCAGUGUGUCGCUCAUAGUCGUACAUGUUGUAGCUCAAGAUCGCUUUCUUAAACAAAAGGAAAAGGCUGAUGGACUACCUUCUGGAAUAUUUGUCUGUAAAAAGCAUUACCCAUACCGCUAUAUGUUACUCUUUUAUGUAACCGAAAAAUAAAAAUGUAUUGAAAAAAGUAGAUUAAAUGUAUGAAGUAUUGUGCACAAAACUGGGUUACACAUUGUAACUCACUAUUAUCUCUAUAUAUUUUAUUUUGCUGUAGAAACUAGGACCACUAUCCAACCGAAAUGCUCUCUAGGUAACUGCUCAUCUUUUUUAUGGCUAAGUGAAAUCUUCGUUUCUGUGUGUCUGUGGAAUGGAUUAUGUUGUUACGCUUUUUAGUGGCAUGCUCAACUGUCGUAUACAUCAUAAGAUGGAGAUAGUCUUGGUUGUUCUGGUUUUUGAAGGUUUCCAAUUACUUGCAGUUUUACAUUUGCACUUACUAAGAAUGGCAUAAAAAAGACUUCCAACCCCCACCAAUGAGAACAAAGCACUUCUCUACUUUAAAAUGUCCAGUCGUUGUGCUUACAACAUUGAUAGUACAUUACAUUCAGCACAUGCUUAUGUGUAAAGCAAUUUACAGAACAGUAAAGGUAUACAUCUACCAUCAUGUCUUAUUCUCCUUGAGAAUUUAACCCGUGUCCUUUGCAUUUCCACUGUCAUGCUCUGCCAGUUACAUUACAGGAGCACACUGAACUGUAUGUUUCAUUGUUGGCACUGGGUAAACCUUAAUAUUCUUUUGAGAUUUGUUUUUCUUUUUAAAAUGAACAUAACCCCCAUUAAAGGAUUACCUGUUUUGCUUCCCUCUUUGUUUUAUAUAAAGAAUAUAUUCUAUUUAUUUUUUUGAUGAGUAAACUGAAGAAAUCUGUGGUAAAUGUAGUCCCAUCAUUUUUUGUUUAUUCCGUCACCUUUUGACCUCUGUUAUGCUUGUAAUUGGAACAAGUUUUACAUUUUCAAUAUUUGUAGUUCAAUGUAAACUGUUUUUUGCUGUUUAUUGACAAGAAUUUUACAGAAUAAACUCAUUGGAAUGCAAA